AUCCUGUCCUAGGUAUCCUUUACUCGAGUAUACUCUGACAGUUUUUAGUGACUAAUUUCACAUGUAUUGUGAUUUUAAUAAGUGAGGUUAACGUACAACCAAUAAUUAUAAUUGUUUAUCAUAUUCUACAAUUUUUCAUUACCAUUCUGAUUUAAAUAUAUUUGACGAAUAGGAUACAUUAUGUCCGUGACAGACUUAUGUGAGGCACAAAAGGCUCUAGAAAAAGUCCUAGGUGAAGAUCUACUAGACGAAUACAUUGCCCAAACUCUCAAAUGGCUCUCAUUCAGCAACCCCAUCACAAAAGAUGAAUUUGAUCGAAAUGUCCGCAAAAUAUUUAUUAAUGAUGAACAAGUACAUUGUCAUAACCACUUUAUUUUGACUUUAUUAAAACGCAUCAACAUGAACAAACAUAAAAUUCACAGACAUGAAAACAAUGGCUUUGAGUAUGCUGAAUAUGCAAGCUAUGUGCAGCAAAGCAGUCCUGCUGCAAUGCCUGCUGAUGUUGAAUACAGAAGUGCUGCUGCAGAGUUGUUUAUGCCUGAUAGUGGAUUUGUUUCGAGCAGAAUUGCUAUAUCUAUGUGGCAGAAUAAUAUGUAUGGAGCUAAUGAAAAUGUUACAGAAGUAAUUAUUUAUGCUUGUCAAAUGUUUAUAAAGAAUAUUAUCACUGCUAUGUUGAGUAAAAAAAAGGGUUACAAGAUUAGGGAUGGAAAGUUGCAGUAUGGGUUCAAUCAACCAAUACCAAACCCAUUUUUGAAAAACUUUUCAAAUUUAUCUGAUCAUACCAGAGCUCCUAAGGUUUUGGUACCCAAUGAAGAUGAUUCUUUUAUACCAAAGUUUAAGCAAUCUUUGGAUAGUAUAGAGCAACAAGUGGCAUUUGCAUAUUCCUGCUCCAAAAGAAGAAAGACAGACAAUGUAUUGACUGUGCAAUUGUUAUAUGAUACCUUGAGGGAAAAUCCUAAAAUUUUAGGGUUGUAUUCUAUACAGUGUGUUAGUAUGUUAAAGUUAGGAAUGCAGUUGGAUGAAUGACAGUUCAAAGCUAUGAAUGAGAAUGGAAAACAAAAAAUUGACCAAGG